UAUUUAACUCCCCCAUCGCUCUAUUACACUGGUCCAACAGCCCUGGCAAACGGUUAGCUGUCUAGCUAACUACAAUCAAAUACAGAACUGUCACUGCGCACACGGCCACGGUCCGGAUAGCUAACCUUAGCUAGCGUUGUGGUUUACUCUUCAACUUUCCAGGAACUGGUGCUUCGCUUCCCUUGUCAAACGGGGCCGGUGGCAUCGGCCACAACGAAGCUCCGUGGCAGGGCAGUCUCCCCGGUCUGACCAGCGGACAGAUGGGAGAUACGAGCAUCAACGUUAGUUAGCUACCUAGCUAGUAAAGUUCAUGUUAUGUGGGCGCGUCUGACCGGCUAUCUUAGCGUGGGCCAAUAUCUCCAGCAAAGCAGCGGGCUUAAACUAGUUAGCUGCCUGGUCAGCUGUCCAGAUUGAUAACAAUAUGUUAGGGAGCCAGACUGUUAGUUGACUGCUCAAUUCUCCUUGGUCCAAGUCGUAACGUUACCUUGCUACUAGUAGCCUGCUAACGUUAACUCGUUAGUACCAAUUUGCUAUGUUUUAGCUAGCUAAAUGCAUAACGUUUUGACGUUCCAAAGAGCGCUGAGGCGGUGGCAGUUUAAAUUCAGGUCUGCAAUGACGCUGUUUGGAAAUGUGUAUUGAGUGAAGAAAACGCUCGUAGCUGUGGAUUGGUCCAAAUCCAGAAUGUUCUUGAGGUAUGGGUUCCAGCUUGGCAGUCCAUUGCUGCUGGGUUAGCAGUACUGAGCAUGUGCACUCACACCCUACGCGUGGACAAAUUUGUCCCCAAUAUUUUUACAGUGAUUCUGACAUAAAUUAUAAACUUGAUUACAAAUCGUCAUUGUUGUAAUGGGAGGCCAAACCAAGGGCAAAAAGAAGAGCAAAGCCAGGAGGAAAGAUCCGCGCUCUAACGGAGGCCCUGGAUUGGCAGGUCUGUCACCUCAAGAUAGAAUGAAGUUGAAGAUGCAGGAGAAAGCCAAGAAAAAAACUGCUGAAAAAUAUACUGUCGAACAACUAUUGGAGAAGACGGAGGAGUGUAUGGACAGUUUGGAGUUUGAGAUGGCGGGGAGGUUCUGUCAGCGAGCACUAGAGGUGGAGCCUGACAACCUCCUUACCCUGGACCUGCUAGGACACAUCCACUCUGAACUGGGAGACACACAGAGGGCCAAGGAAGUGUUUCUGCAUGCAGUGCAGUUGAGUCCUGAAGAAGGUCAUAGUAAAUACAUGUCUCUAGGGCAGAUACACACAGGCCAGGAGGCUGUGCAGUACUACACCAAAGGAGUACAGAUACUACUGUGUAUGCUGGAGAAACACGCACAAGCCACAGCAGGAGCAGGAGCUGAGGCAGCAGCCUCUCCACUCCAGGACUCGGGGUCAGAGAUCCCGAUAGCCAGACACGUGUGUGUGGCCUACUGUUCUGUGGCAGAGAUCUACUUCACUGACCUCUGUAUGGAGGAGAGGGCAGGAGAUCAGUGUCGAGAGGCCAUAGAACAAGCGCUGACCUAUCAGCCUGACAACCCAGAGGCUCUACAGCUGAUGGCCAGCUACCUGUUCAGUACAGAGAAGAACCAGGAGGGGAAGGAGUACCUGAUGAGGAGUGUGGAUGCGUGGCUACCUGCCCUGAAACAGAGUGAAGCUCCACCCAGCAGAGAGGACAUAGAGGAGGAACACGCACAGAGUGACAUCCCACCAUAUGAAUCCCGCAUCACCACGGCCAAACUCCUCAUAGAGGCAGAAGAGUACGAGACAGCAGUAGAUGUGUUGGAGGGUCUGCUAGAGGAAGAUGACGAGGUGGUGCAGGUGUGGUAUCUCUCAGGCUGGGUUUGUUACCUACAGAUGGAGGAGAGAAGAAGGGAGGAGAGAGAAGAGAGCGAUGAGGAGAGGGAGGAGCGUGAAGCAUUGAAGGAGGCAGCCAGAUCUUACCUGACCAAAGCCAAGAAGCUGUAUGUGAAGUUGCACUGUGACGACGGACCCAUACUGGAGCACAUGGAGCAGCUGCUGGUGGAACUGGGGGGUGAGACAGAGGGGGAGGAGGAGGAGACAGACCCUGCCCUGGAUGAAGACUUUGAGCCCAGCAGUGACGAUGAGGAAGAGGACGCCAUGGAACAUUGACCACACCCCUCUCUCUCUACCAGUGAUCUAGUGGUAAAACAGUGGGUUAGUACACGCUGAGACGUUCGUGGUGAAUAAAGCAACACUAUGUUUCCAACGUCUUUUUCUGCGAUAGGUGGGGAAAUAAAAAAUUAUGUAAACAGCGUUUAGACUGCAUACCACUCUCUACUUUUAUAGUGCACUAUUAACUCAGACAUUAAAUAAAGGUAAAGUUUAUAAAAAUGUAGUUUAUAAAGAUCUCUUACCUGUCUCUGUACACCUCACAAACUAGACCCAGAUGUGACACUUUGUUGGAAAGCAGCAGAGUUGCGAGUGCGACAGUCGAUGGGCCCUUGAGAGAGGAUGAAUGGGCCCUUGAGUUUUCUCUGAAUCUUUCUCGCUCGCUAGAUAUUGUCUGUAUCGUGUUCUCAGAAGUGCCUUUCUGCUGUUCAACCCUGAGUUUCCCAGAAUCAUAUGACCUCUCUCUCUGUUAUAUUAGUGCUGAAUUGUUUUCCAUAUUAGAAAGGAGUGAUUGACAUGUCGACUCGAGCUUUGUUUCCAUUGUCCUGGAAAUAACCAGUUAAAAAAUAACUUGAAUACUGUUUUGAGAGAAAAAGACAAAGAACAAUCUGCUUCUUUUUUUAAAUUUGUGUUGUAAUAAUGAGGGGAAUGUUUGCUUCCCUUCAUGACCCAGGCUCACUUUAGAAAGAGAUUCCAAUAUGAAUGUGACCUGCUAAAAUAAAGGACUAACACAGAACAUA